AUGAAAUUUUCACCAUUUAUUAAGCAGAUGUACGUAGCGGCGGCAACACAAUUGGUAUCAGUAUCAAUGGGUGGAUCUCUUAUGUAUCCCUCCAUUCUACUGCAUCAGUUCCGAUCCGAAGAGUCCACUAUACGCACAGAGCUGGAUACGCUUACUUGGAUCGCUGCGAUGCAUGGAAUCUCAGGGUUAGGAGCGACGCUAAUGCCAACAAUAAUGCAAUUAAAAGGAAGAAAAUACACUUUCAUUGGAAGCAGCAUCCUUCUUCUCAUCGGAUGGAUUUUAGCAGCUGCAGCUACCAAUGUCUUUACCGUCCUUCUAUCAGCCGUAUUCCAUGGUCUAGCCAGCAACUGUAUAUCUAUAAUAAACUUGGUAACUGUUAGCGAAAUGAUUGCUCCAAAAUAUAGAUCUGCCUUAAUGUUUUCUCUGACCAUUGAACAAACUAUUGGUCAAGUCAUAGUUGCUAAUUUAGGAGCUGUUUUGGACUGGAAAACGGUAGCUAUGAUUAUGUGUGCUCCUUUAGUAAUCGCCUUAUUAAUGGCAAUAAUCUUUCCUGAAUCUCCAUCGUGGUUGGCUUUUAAAGGUAAAUUUGAAGAGACUGAAAAGUCUUUUAUCUGGUUGCGAGGUACUGAUGAUGAAGCUAAUAAAGAGUUGAAAGCAAUGAUUGCAGCUCAAAAGGAGGUAAAAAGACAAACUAAGAAGACGAGGCUACAAGAAAUGAUGCUAAAAUUGAAAGAAAAGGACUUGUAUAUACCAAGCUUAUACAUGCUUUUGAUACUAACGAACUUUUAUGGAUGUGGGAGCAUGUCAAUGUUCGUCUACACUAAAGAUUUUAUAGAAAUAGGUACUGGUAAUCCUGAGAUUGCUCUUACAGGUUACAUUAUUACUUCUUAUGUAUUGUUACUUGGAUCUUCAAUUUCUAUUGUUCUUAUAAAGUUUUUCAAUUCUAAAACUGUUUUAUCUACUGCAUUUGGGAGUAUUAUCUGUUUGAUAGGUUGUGCUGUGUCUCCGUAUUUGAAAAGUGCUGGAAUUAUUUCAAGUGAUUCUUUACUAUUCUUAUAUUUCUUCUUAGGGUUCAUGGGUCUUAAUAAUUCAGGUUUUAACCCUGUUACGUUUUCUUUAGCUAUUGAUUUGAUGCCUGUCAAGCACAGAGGUUUUGGUGGUGGAUUAUUUAAUAUUUUAACUUGCAUCCUGUUUGUUGCCACAGUCAAAACUGCUCCACAUAUCGUUCUAUGUAUAGGCUUAUCCUGGAUGUUUAUUUGUUUUGCUGUUAUUUCUACAAUUUGUACUAUUUUGAUUUGGAUAUACGUACCAGAAACUAAGAAUAGGACGUUGCAAGAGAUUGAAGAUUAUUAUAAUUAUGGUAGUUUUGUUAGACCUAGAGGUUUGGAAGAUAAUGAAGUUAAUUUACCAAUUGUUAAAGUUAAUGAGGAGUAGAUUUAUUCACUAGUCAGCAGAUUCAAUGGUACAGUCAUAAAGAAAAUAUAUAAAACUGAAGGGCGCUUCACACAGCAUAAUUAAGAUAUGUAGGUUAUAAAAUUUAAUCUUAAAAUACAUUAUCGCUCGCCAUAUGAUUCAGUGGACACACACGCGAGCAAGCGAGCGAUAUGCGAAUAUGUAGUGAGCAAUUUUUUAUCG